CUCCUGCUUUACAUCUCCCUUUUUUCUUUAUUCAUGCAUGUAAUUUGACACAUAAACGCUGUUUUACGCACAUGGUGCGAACAUCUGAACUUUCAGCAGUUGUAGUGUAUGAGCGAUGGCAGCAUCUCAUCUUCUGGACGAACGAGAAGAUGAUAGACCCAGCGGCGGCUACCAUGUGAUGGUGACGAUAGAGGAUAGGCCACGCCCCCAGGCCACACCCACAGGACGGACACGCCCCUCUAUGGUCACGCCCAGUGGCGAUCAGGUAGACGAUAAGUCAGACGACAGCACGCCGACACGUUUGGCGCGGAGUUUCCGUAAAGCCUUGCGGAAAAACCAGGACUACGUUCGCAUCAUCGUCCCGAAGUCCAGCGGCUCCCGGCUGCCGUCGGAAUGGUGGAAGACGGGAAUCGCCUUCAUCUGGGCUGGAUUUAACCUCGUCCUUACUACCGUCAUGAUCACCAUCGUCCACGAGAGAGUCCCGGAUAAAUCCGUCAGCCCGCCGUUACCGGACAAGUUCUUCGAUUAUGUGCCGCGUGUGGAGUGGGCGUUUUCUGUCACCGAGGUAAACGGGAUGAUCCUCGUGGCCCUGUGGUUCAUUCAGUGGCUCUUCCUCAAGCACAGGGCCAUCGUGGGCCGAAGGUUUUUCUUCCUGCAGGGAAUGUUGUAUUUGUACCGUAUGGUGACCAUGUACAUCACAACUCUUCCCGUUCCCAGCAUGCACAUGGACUGCGCCCCGAAGGUCAGUGCUGCUCGAUAAAUCACAAACACGUAUAAAUGAGUGAACGAUUAUCAGCACUGUAGUGUCUGCUUGGUCUUUAAGCAAGGAUGUGCAAAUAAAAGUCAUGCAGUACUGAUAUAAUGCAUCUUUGUACAAGUUUAGUGCAUUUAAAAUAAAUGCAGGUCAGUGUUAAAUAUUGUUACUUCACUGUAGUGUGGGUAAACGGGAAAGAUGCCCAUUGCAUGUCUGUUGCAUAACAACAUUAUGACAAUUUCCCCAAUAUUGGCUGAUAUUUAGCCAUUCUGAGAGGAUCAGAAUACAGAAUAUAUCUUUGAUAUAACUGAUGAAAUGGCUUUUAUAAAUACUGCGAAAUCCCCAGUCCUAAAAAGUUAUUAA